AUGGAGCUACGUGCAUUCUGGGGAAGAUCUCUGGGGAAGCAUGGUGGACUGCCUGCCUGCCUGCCUGCCUGCCUUGCUGCAACGUGCUUGCGGGCAGCCUUGGCACGUCCUCAUAUGUCGGUCACAGUCCCCUACGUCUGUGCUUCACAUCCCGUUGUGCGCCAAGCGCAUCUGUCUUCAGACGGGCCGAGAUCGAGAGACAAGACAAGCAGACAUCCAUGGAUUCAAGCUAAGAAGAAGAAAGACAAGACUCUGCGCCGAGCCGGGCAGCGGCUGCGUGGACCGCCAUCCGAAUUUGUCCUUGGCGAGCCUCUGGGCGCCGAGUCUGGGCGCUGA